UGCAAGGGUGGGGACAGGAAAAUAUCGUCCGUCGUUGCGGGCUUCUGAUUUCUCUCUCUCUGUCUCUCUCUCUCCUAAUUAUCCAAGCGAACCAAAGGUAGAUGUCAUACUCAAGACAAGGAAGGUCUGGUUCACCACCCGACUCUAGGUCACCUACUGGGGACCGUAGAUCCAGAUCAUUGUCAAGGUCUAGGAGGAAUCGAUCCAGGAGUAAUGAUUCUGAUGCUAUUGCUAAUCCUGGAAAUAACCUGUACGUAACUGGUUUAUCUACGAGGGUUACAACCAGUGCACUUGAGAAGUAUUUUAACAAUGAAGGAAAGGUCGCUGAUUGCCAUCUGGUUACAGAUCCUCGCACCAAAGAAUCUCGUGGGUUUGCUUUCGUUACCAUGGAAACAAACGAGGAUGCUAACCGCUGUAUCAAGUAUCUAAAUCGUUCUGUGCUUGAAGGUCGAUUAAUUACUGUGGAUAAGGCCAAAAGGAAGCGUGGGAGGACACCAACUCCUGGAAGGUACCAUGGUCUAAGAGAGCGAGAAAGAGGAGGACGCGACCAGAGGCAGUCACGUGGUUAUUCUCCUCGCCGACGGAAUGAGAGAGAUCGCAGAGGAAGAUCGCGCUCCCCCAAUGAUAGGAGGUUCGAUGUUUCCUCCGACUCUUAUAGGAAGCACAGGGAACGUUCCUUGUCAGCUGGUGGUAGUGGCCAUAGGAGAGCAUAAUUACAAGUCAAUCGCAAAGUCUCAUCACACCAAUGGAAACCGUUAUUCUCGGCUCGUGAUGGUGGCUGCCUGCAACCGACGUCUGUUAGGUUGCGAGUCCAGUUGCCCGUUUGUGUGUGUACUUGUUCAUUAACUUGACUUUGAAAUCGACUUUUUUUUUUGGGUUUAAUUGUGGAAUAAUCGUUUCGUUGUGAUAUACCUUUACAAACUGAUACUCUUAUUCGAUGCCUUUAUCUUGGUUUUGAGUUUUACUGUA